GCCUGCUCAUCACGCUCUGGCGCGCCAUGCCGCCCCUCCUCCAGUAGCCGCACCGCCGCGCUCCACGCUCAGCGCGCGGCCGCGGGUGCUGCCCGCCAUGGAGCCCAAGAGCAGGUCGGCGGUGUCUGGGGAGGAGGACGGGCGCGAGACGUGGGGCAAGAAGGUCGACUUCCUGCUCUCCGUCAUCGGGUUCGCCGUCGACCUCGCCAACGUCUGGCGCUUCCCCUACCUCUGCUACAAGAACGGCGGCGGUGCUUUCCUGGUGCCGUACUGCGUGAUGUUGUUCGUGGGCGGCAUCCCGCUGUUCUACAUGGAGCUGGCACUGGGGCAGUUCCACCGCAAGGGCGCCAUCACCUGCUGGGGGCGCAUCGUGCCGCUGCUCAAAGGUAUAGGAUACGCAGUGGUCCUGAUCGCCUUCUACGUGGACUUCUACUACAACGUCAUCAUCGCUUGGGCCCUACGCUACUUCUUCGCCUCCUUCACCAGCCUGCUGCCUUGGACCACUUGUGACAAUGCCUGGAACACUCCCUACUGCCGACCACUGGACCUGAACGCGCUGCCCGAGCACAACUCCAGCCACGCCCUGCCUUUCCGAGAGGACGCCGCAGAUUCCAGCAACGGCAGCGCGACCAUCACCGGCAUUAGGUACACCUCCGCCGCAUCUGAGUACUUCAAUCGCGCCAUUCUAGAACUGCACGAGAGCGGAGGACUGCAUGACCUGGGACAGAUCAAGUGGGACAUCGCGCUCUGCCUGCUCGCUGUGUACUUCAUCUGCUACCUGAGUCUCUGGAAGGGCAUCUCCACGUCAGGCAAGGUGGUGUGGUUCACAGCGCUGUUCCCGUACGCCGUGCUGCUGAUCCUGUUAGUGCGAGGUGUGACGCUGCCAGGGUCAGCCGAGGGCAUCCGCUACUACCUCAGCCCCAACUUCGCAGCUAUCAGAAGCGCCGAGGUGUGGGUUGACGCCGCUACACAAGUGUUUUUCUCUCUCGGUCCUGGUUUUGGUGUCCUUCUCGCUUAUGCAUCAUACAACAAGUACCACAACAAUGUGUACAAGGAUGCUCUGCUCACCAGUCUGAUCAACUCGUGCACAAGCUUCAUAGCAGGUUUUGUUAUCUUCUCAGUCCUAGGAUAUAUGGCUCACGCAUCAGGACGCCCCAUACAGGACGUAGCCACUGAAGGUCCUGGUCUUGUAUUCAUCGUGUACCCAGCUGCCAUCGCCACUAUGCCAGGAUCGAUCUUCUGGGCCCUGAUUUUUUUCAUGAUGUUGCUCACAUUGGGUCUCGAUAGUUCGUUUGGAGGCUCUGAAGCAAUAAUUACUGCACUGAGUGAUGAAUUUCCCCUGAUUGGGAACCACAGAGCAAUUUUUGUAGCCUGCUUGUUCACUUUAUAUUUUAUUGUUGGACUGGCUUCCUGUUCACAGGGAGGAUUUUACUUCUUCCAUCUACUUGAUCGUUAUGCUGCUGGUUAUUCGAUGUUGUUUGCUGUAUUAUUUGAAUCAAUUGCAGUCUCAUGGAUAUAUGGAACACAGAGGUUUUGUGAUGACAUUCGAGAUAUGAUUGGUUUCUCACCAGGACAUUAUUGGAGGAUAUGUUGGAGGUUUAUGGCUCCAGUUUUUCUAAUGUUCAUCAUUGUUUAUGGACUUAUAGACUAUGAACCUCUGACUUAUGAUGACUAUGUGUAUCCAACAUGGGCAAAUGUAUUAGGUUGGAUCAUUGCUGGCUCUAGCAUUUCCAUGAUUCCUGGAAUGGCUGUCUACAAAAUUAUUACUACACCAGGUACCAUUCUCCAGAGACUGAAAUUCCUGACAACUCCAUGGCGAGAUCAGCAGAGGAUGGCAGUCAAUGGCAUACAGAGUGAUCCUACACAAGUAAGGCUCACAUCAAGCCCUGUUGCUGAAAAUGUCUAAGUAAGUAGAGCAGUUUCAUACAAUAUAGAAAAAAUUGCCACUAAUCAUAGUUUAUACAUAAUGUACAUUAAAAAUGGCUUCUUAAAUAUUUAUCACUGAAUUUAUGUGAUGUUACUACAGUCUUAAAUACUGAAAUUGCUCCAACAUGACCAUUAAGGUAGACCCUAGUUUACAGGUUAUACGUAUAAUGUCCAUGAUCUAUAAAAGAUACUGAUUAUUUCCAGUAGUGUCAUAAGCAAACAACACAAAACUGACCAAUAUAUUUGGAAGUUAUAUGAAAAAAACUGUAUUUCACUUUCACUGCAUUCAUGUAAAUGUUACAACCCUCAACUAAAACUCAUUUAACAUGCUCUAAUGCACUUUUACAUCUAAAAUCUGUGAUCUGUCAUAGCUUUGAAUACUUCUGUUACUGGCUUCCAGUCGUUUGCAUAACAUUUUAUUUGAGUCAGAACUUUGAGGAAAUUUAGUAUGUUGAAAUCAGCAUUCAUUCAAAUCAAAUAUGCUAUCAAUCAGAUUAUCUCAUAUCUCAUAUUCAACAAUAUAGCAAGGUUGUUAGCAGUGUAUUAAAGACACUUACAAAAGAGUACUUUUGUCUUUUAUCUAGUUCUUACAAGUAUAAGAAACCCAUAAAUGGUUGUGAUGUCCAGUAGUUUGUCUCCCAUACAUAAUGCUGUAAACAUUUUGUGGUGUAAAGUUUAUAGCAAAAUAAGUAUUAUAUAAUUGCCAGAUUUACACUAUCUUGCCAGUUAGUAAAAAUGUAGCCAGUAACUAUUGAUAGUUAUAGAGACUCAAUAAAGAUCUGAGAACCAAAGAUAGUCAAACAGUGAGUACUUUGUAGAAAAACAAUUUAUCUGCUGUAAUUAAAUAUAUUGGUGUGGAAAGAUCUUUAAAUAUGAGUGUAACAAAGGAAAAUAUUAUGUGUGUACUAACCAGUAUAAAAAUAAAUGUGAUGUACAAACUUUAGGUCUUGCCAAACAGUUAGGUAACUUUAAAACAGUAGCAUAAUAGAGAUUGGAAGAUGAUAUUUUAGUGCACAAUAUACCAUUGCUGUUAGUAGGUAUAAUUUUAGAAACAAAAAUGACACCACAGUAUUAUAAUCAAGUUACUGUAAGUGUGCUGUUAUUGUAGUUGUACAGAAUGUAAAAGGCUAAUUUUUUAACAAAAUGUAAACAGUGUGUGUUUUCAUGUAAAAUAACAUAGAGUGACAAAAUAAAUGCUAAUUUUUAUAACAAAAAAUGCCUGUGCAGUUCAAAAAUAGCCAGAACAGCCAUUGGAUAUUUUUGAAUGUGUUUACUUGCAACACUUGUUCUCAAAUUUGAUACAGUUUAUUAUGGUGCAAUGGAAAAAAUUAAUAUGUACAUAGUUUGUAUAAAUAUGUACAAGAAAAGGAAAUAUGUAAAGCAAACAUUAGAUGUUGUUGUGAAGUUAGUAGUUAAAUGCUGUAGAAUAGAUAUCAACCAAAAGAGACUGUAAUACCAGCAGGAUUAACUUAUUUGAUAUCUCAAAUGCUUGUAAGGCAAGUAGUAGUUAUAUUUUUUGCAAUGAUGUGGCUAUACUAUUAGUUAAGAAGUUAUAAGUACAAUAUUUUUAUUUAGACUGAUGUUUUACAUGCAGUAUUUUACAAUGGAAUUGCUCGGAGAAACAGGUAUUUUGAGAAAUACCCAUCACACCAUACAACCAAUAGUAUAGAAACAAUAUAUGUAAUAGAUAAAGCUGUACAGGGAGCAAUAAAUUGUACAAAAAGAUGUUACAGUGUGUAAAAUUUGUUUAAUGAGCUUUUAACGUUCUAUUAGUUGGCAUUUUUCUGUGAAUAGUAUUCAAUAAAUUAUUGGAAGAUGUAACAUGUUUUGUAAAUAAAGAAAAAAUACAAAUUAAUGUUCCACAUAUUUUUUGUCACUCUGGUUCACUGCUGGAAGUACAGGAUGUAAUAAUUAUCUGCUGUCUAUGAUUUUUAAUCAUUUACACAGGCACAAUGUAAAACACUAAUGUACUACCAUUCCAUUCAUGGUUGAUGGAGAAUCAACGUUCAACUACCUAUGUUGAAAAAUAAAUGUCA